AUGAUGAUUGUUAUAAUCCUAUCCAUGGCGACAUCACAUCGUCCUCAGGAAGUGCUGUCUGAUGAAACACAGCCGAUUCAUGCGGCAUUCCAUCAAACUUCAAUAGCAGACAACCGUACUCGAGUGGGGUUUCUCAACGUGAACGGUCCAAUUUCGGGAGGUGGCUUGUCCAUCGUUAGCGCAGUAGGAUACCUUGAGAGAAUCAUAUUGAUUAUCGAUUCAUAG